AUGAAUAAAGACAGUGCUUUAUUGUCAUUGAUACCAAUUAUUUGGAAAUUCGAUGAAAAUAAUUCAUUACGUCAACGAAAAGAUUUAAUCAAUAGAUUAAAAUUAAAUGUGAAAACAUUAAUGGAAUAUGCAUCAGUUUGUCGUUCAAUUCCUGAAGAUAGUACACAUGUAAUUCAUUUUUGUGAAUUAGUACAUGAAUCUCUUCGAAUUGGUUUGAAAACGCCACCAUUUCUGUUCUAUCAAAAUAUUUCAACUUAUUCAUUAAUAAUUCAUAAAAUAUCAAAUCAAUGUGAAGCAGCUUUAAAAGUGAUUAAUGAAUUUGAAAAAGAUUUCAAUAAUAUUGAAAAUUUAAACAAUACCAAUAAUACACAGUUCAAUUGUCGACAACAACAAUCGAACAUUUUAAACAAAAAUGAAUAUAAAUUAAAUUUUAAAAAAUUAUUUCAUUCUUUGGAUAAUAAUAAUAAAAAAAGCAAAAAUUUUCAUGUAAAUGAUCAAAUUUGUAAAAAAUCAUCAUCUUUAAAGAAAUUUUGUCCAAAAUUAAGAGAAUUUUACAACUCUGAUAGUAUUAUCGGUAAUAAAUGUGAUAUGAAUGUAUUUUUAUCCUUGAUUAGCGGUCCUUGUGCAAUUAAUUAUUCAUCACCUAUACAUGAAGAAUCAUAUUGGGUAAAUUUACAUGCAGAUGAAUUGAUUGAAAGACAACGUUUCACAUCAAUUACAAAUCAUAAUAAAAUUAUGAGUAGAAGUUCAUUACAAGUUCGAGAGAAAAAUAAAUCACCUUCAGUUUUCAUUGGAAAUUUCAAAGAGAAAACUGAGAAAACUUUGAAAAGAAUUCGAAAUUCUUCAUCUUUAUCUGAUUCAUCAUUUACAGAUACAAGUGUUGAUAGUUUAUAUCAAACGAAAAAAAGUACAUUACUUUAUGGAAAAAAUAAUGUUAUGUUAGGUGAUAAUCAACAUUCUUUUGGUUAUUUUGAAUUAAUCAGUUCAACAAAUGAUAUACUACUUAAAUGGACAUCGAAUAAUUUAUUAUUACAAGCUUCAAAUGAUAAAUCUUGUCAUUGUUCUAAUGACAAGGAUGGUGAUGAUGAUAAAUAUCAUGUUAACGAAUGUAUCUUAAACAAAUCUACAUGUGAAUUGAAUAAUCCUAGAGGAAUUCGUGAUAAAUGCGCUACUGCACAACACUCACAAUUAAUCAAAACCGCUAAUAAAAGAGUUGAUAAUGAUUUCCAAUUUGAUAUAUUCACAGUAUCAAUGAACAAAAUGGAAUAUGUUCAUCUACAUCAAGAUAAAUCUAGUGAAUAUUGUAUCAUUUUAAUUGGUUCCGAUGGUAUUCCAAAUCCACCAAUCAGAUUAUUUGGUGGAUUCAAUGCUGUUUAUAAUUUUCUAUUAUGUUUAGAUCAAGGAUUACAACCAAAUGGUUGUUUAAAUCCAUCACCUGCCGAUUUAAAUGAAGUCUUUGAAAAAACUGAGAUCCAAAGUAUACAACGACCAAAUGAAAAUCAACAAAUCAAGUCGAAACUUUGGAAUUUCAUUGAUUUUCGAAGUAGAAAAACUGAAUCAAAUGAAAUCUGUAAACAACUAACUGAUAUCAAGUGUAAAAAUCGUGACGACAAUGAUGUUGAGAAUAACACGGACAAAACCAACUUGACUCAAUUGGAUAAUGAACAGAAGAAUAAAACAUGUUCUCAAGAUAAAAUGAACGAAUUAAAAACAUCAUCAUCAUCACCAUCAUCGACAGUUUGUACAGAAAAAUUCAAAAAUAUAGAAACUAAAGGUGUGAUUUUCAAAAUUACACGUUACGAAAUCGCAAACAAUAAGAAUCAUGAUGUUUUUAUGGAACAAGACAAUAAACAUAUACAAGAUCAAUUAUCAAUGGAACCAACAAACAACAAUGAAUUAAAACAAACAACAGAUGAGCAAAAUGAUCAAACAUCUCAUAAAGAAGAAUUCAUCAAUUCAAUGGAUAUAGUUGUAACAAUCAAAUUACAAUUAUUGUUGAGAACUUUCAAAGCAUGGCUUACAUACACUCGCCAUAUGAACAAUGUACGAAAACUCUUAUCAUCACUAGUCAUACAUUCUGACAGGAACUAUACAAGUUCACUUGAUCGACAUGAGAAACUAACUAGAGAAAAAUGGAAUGAACUAUUUGUAAAUAUUCCAGAUAAGCAAAAUUUUGAUCCCCGUUGUAUUUAUGAAUGUAUUUAUUAUGGUGGUUGUGAAUCGGAAUUACGUAAUGAAGUUUGGCCUUAUCUAUUAGGUGUAUAUGAUUGGACAAUGAAUAAAGAGGAGAAAAACACUAUUGAUGAACAAUUUAAAGUACAUUAUUAUGAAAAAUUAAAAGAAUGGACUAAAAUCGAAGCAAUUAUUCAUGAGUUAGAACAAAAUGAAAAUGCACAUACAACAUUAUCAUCACAAAUGAAUUAUAGUCAACUUAUGAAUAAUUCAUCACGUGAUUCUACAUCUUGUUUAAACAAAUGUAAAGAAAGUAUAUUAAAACAAUUUGAAUAUACGCUAGACUCUGUGAAAAAAGAUGUUGUACGAUGUGAUAGAAAUAAUUGUUUUUAUUCAAAGUUUGAUUCUCAAGGUGAUCGAAAUUUGGCUAUAAUUCAACGAAUCCUCCUAACAUAUGUUUGGGAAUUCCUCGAUGAUGAAUAUACACAAGGAAUGUGUGAUAUUGUUGCACCAUUACUGGUUUUAAAGUUAGAAAAUUCAACACUACCUACAUCAUCAUCGAUUCACUUGAAUAAUAAUAAUAAUAAUAAUAAUAAUAAUAAUAAACAUUCCGACACUCCUCCUACAUCAUUGAUAACCAAUGAAAUUCCAUUGACAAUUGAACAAAAUCAUGAUCAUUUAAAAAAGAAAUUAAAUGAAAUUGAAAUUAGUACUUAUAUUUUAUUUAAAUAUAUGAUGGAAAAUCAUUUUAAAAAAUUAUUUGAUAAAGAAACAGCCACUUAUUAUAUGGAUCAAAAAUUUGAUCAAAUCAAAUCAUUAAUUCAAAUAUUAGACCCUCAAUUGAUUGGUCAUUUACAGCAAUUCAGUGAUUUUACACAGUUCUACUUUUGUUAUCGCUGGUUCUUAUUGGAUUUUAAAAGAGAAUUUAAAUAUCAAGAUAUUUUUCAAAUAUGGGAAGUGAUUUUAUGUGCUAACCGCAUCAUAUCGAAAGAUUUCAGUUUAUUCAUUGCAUUGGCAUUAAUACAACAUUAUCGUGAUGUGAUUAGUUCCAAUCAUAUGGAAUUAACUGAUAUUUUGAAAUUUUUUAAUGAACGAGCUGAACAUCAUAAUGUUGAAGAUAUUUUAAAUCUUGCACGAUAUUUUGCUGAUACUGUUCAAAAGUUGACUAGUAAAACCAAUAACAACAACAACAACCAAUGAAAAUUAACUCAUAAAUAUUUUUUUGUUUAAAAC